GGGGGCCGGGCCGGAAAACGAUCCUGGGUGGACCACGGGGGACUAUGGCGGCUGCCGGCGCGGCCCCACGUGGGCGCAGGGCUGUGGUGGCCGAGGAGGCGGACAGCGAUUCUGAGUUAAACUCAGGACUUCCAGAAGACAGCUACUCUUCAGGAAGUGAAGCCCUGGAUGGUGAUGAUGAAGAUGAAACACCAGCCCUUGAUGAUGCGGUUGAAGACGCAACAAGCUCCAAAGCUGGCCCAAGUGCAGGCUGGGCAGAUGCUAUGGCAAAAGUGCUCAACAAAAAGAUUCCACAAAAUAAGUCCACCAUCUUGGCCAAGAAUAAAAAAAUGGAGAAGGAGAGAGAAAAGGAAAAACAAGAAAGGCUGGAGAAGAGGAUGAAGCUCGAUAAAAAGCGGGAGUGGGAAAUGAUGUGCCGAGUGAAGCCAGAUGUUGUCAAAGACCGAGACAGAGAAAGAAAUCUUCAGAGAAUUGCCACGAGAGGUGUUGUACAAUUAUUUAAUGCUGUCAGGACGCACCAAAAGAACAUUGAUGAGAAGGUGAAGAAAGCUGGGAGCUCUGACAGGCAGCGUGCUAAGCUGCUGUCAUCUGUUUCAAAGAAAGAUUUCAUCAAUGUCUUGAGAAACAUGGAGGGUGUUAAAGGAAGCAAGAAUUCUGCUGGAAAAACCACGAAAAGUAAACAGGGUGAAGUGAAGUCUGAAGAAGGGCCAGAAUGGAAUAUACUGCGUGAUGACUUCAUGAUGGGAGCAUCUAUGAAAGACUGGGACAAGGAAAGCGAUGAAGAGGGCAAUACUGAACAAGGAGGUGGUCUGAAACAAGAUGAUGAGAGUGACUGAAUGAAACCGAAAACUAUUCAAGAUAAUGUUUUAUCUUCUUAACUUUGGAUAAAAAGUCCGACAUUCUGUGAAUGUACAACACUUGGAGGAUGUCUCCUUUUUUGAAAAAAAGGACUUGCACAACUUUGGAGUGUUUUCUCCUCCAUGCCAAACUUUUAUUUAAUAUAGCUUCAUUUGCUAUACUGAAAUCCUGAAAUAUUUUCCAAAACAUGUAUAAUUUUCAACAUAUUUCCAAAACAUUUUGUACAGUCAAAAUAGUGGCACCUGCCCAAUGAAAGAAAGAUUUUGCCAAGGUCAUUAAAAGUUUAUACAUUAGUCAUGGCAAUUGAUGUAUUAGUGUGCCUGCAUUUCCAAAUCAGUGUUGCACUUUGAAAAAUUGUUAGCAAUUCGCAAUAGAAAUGGCUUACAAUAAACACAGAAAUGCCGUCACCUUGUAAAGUUAUCGGACUCCUAUAGAGUCUUUACUACUUUGGCCAGGAAAGGUUUUGUAGAUAAUAAAGAAAAGUAACCAUUAAUGUGAUAGUUCUGGUUUUGGAGCUUUAGUUUGAUUGGAGACAACUCUGGAAACAUAAUUGUAAAAAGAGACACUUGACCCUACUGAUUGGCUUUUAUAUUUAUGUAGAUAUACGUAUGUAUGUUUUUUCCAUUGCAAGUCUGAAGUUGUAUAAGCUGAGAGACUGGAAAGAGAGGAAAGGAUAGCGGUUGCUAUUGUUUUUGUUGGAGGAGGGAGGGCUUUUCUAGCAGUACCACAUAAAAUUGUAUUCAGCGUUGCUUCAUUUGCAGUUCUGGUGUUCUGGCCUUUUUCAGAAUGGAGCCGGACCUCCGAGAUACAUCCUGUGGGUUUAGGCAGCCAUAAUGCUAACUCCCCAGGUCUGUAAAGGGUCAAACAAAAGCCCUUCCUCUUAGGCACGUGCUGUAACGGUACCGAAUUUUGGAAGACAUCUGUAACACUGUUGGCUUUGUUUAAGCUACAGCAAUUUCUCCAGAUCAGUUGUUUGGCUGUGAAGGUGCAGAAGCUAAUGUACAUAAUAAGAAUACGUUCUAUAUACAGAAGGAAGUGCGCUGUGAUUAAGGUGCUUCUCUAAAUGAGAAGCUGGGGUUGCGUUCUGCUGCCUUCGCUGUUCCAGACUGGCUGGCUGAUGCUGUGUCAUUUGUUUAACUUAGCAAUGUGAAGAAAAUGCCUUGGGGCCUAUGAAUUGAUACUUAAAAUACAUAGUACUAUUCCGUCUGUUUCUGCAGAUGUCGUACGUACAAGCCUUUCUUUGUACCUACUUAUACGCAAGAUAGGAUUAGGAGCGACUUUCAAAUUUUCUAUAUUGAAAUGUGUGGUAGGACAGUGGAUUUCGAUUUUCCUAACUAAGGUGUUGAGGAGGGGAGGGGAUUUGAACUUUAUACUGCAGGAUAAAAAAAAAUAUACACACAGAAUGGCAUAGAAACCCAUCCUAACAACUGGCAAUGGUUGUGUUAUCCCUAGCCUAUUCAUCUGGUAUAUAUUGUAGCAUAAUUCUUUGAGGAGCACUCAAAGCUAACAGCAGAAAUGUUUAGAUUUUCAAGCUGUUUUGAGUGUUAAACAUAUUAGAUAUCUGAGGAGACAUUAGUUUGUGGCGUGAUAUUUAUUAUCACAAAUGAAGGCAUACACCCAAAAUAUCAAGUGGCAAAACCACAGAAGUUUGACAUAUGGUUAUCCCGGCUUCUGGAGGUUAGACGUCUGUAUAGCUGUUCAGUGAGAGUUGGCAUCUCAUUAGUGCAACACAAAAAUAUACUACAAUGAAUUUUGAGUCUAUGAAGCAGCGUAAUAGUCUCAUCUGACACUGCUUUCUUUCUACAGAGUUUGGUUACUCUGUGUGGAAAAAUUACAUCAGCACCCUUAAAUCUACAGUUGUUCUCUAGGUUGGUAUCACCAGUCUCUGUCUGAGAUCAAAUUUUUGGAAAAUAAUCUAGUUUUUCUUAGGAACUAUGACAUCCUGAGGUGAUUAUUAAAAACUUCAAAAUACCUUCAGAAUACUUCUAGAAUACUUGGGUGUUUGAGUUUUAUUUGUGCAUUUUUUGCAGUAAUGUUUUGAUUAAAGCACUGAAGUGUCACUUCUGUAUUUAAAAAAAAAAGUGGAAUGUAGCAAAAUUGCUAAAAAUAUCUUGAGUUUCCAUUUCAGAGUGAGCAGCAGUACUUUUUGUCUAUAAGUGGAGAGCAUUUCUUGCCUUUUAAGAAGCAUAAUACUCAUAUUUUUGUGUGUUUUGGAUAUUUUUUUAUUUUUGACACUGUAUCUUGCCUUUGCCUUGUCCUUUGGUUGUGUCAUAUGCAGAGAAACUCCUAGAAUAACUUGAAUUGGUAAUUACCUCCAAAAGAGAAAUAAGCUCAGAACUCUUAUGGUGGGUGGGAACGGUAUAUUUUAAUUUUAGGCAUUUGAUGGCCCAUUUAUUUCACAAGCUUUGUUUUAAUUGACUAGCAAUUCAAAGGAAGAGCUCGACCCUCUUGGGUCCGGGCACCUUCCAGUCUCCUCUGUCAGCAGUGGGAUCGGCUGCCCUGCCCAGUUUUCCAGUAAUGCUUUUCCUUUUUGAUAGCUACCAAGAACAACGUCCAGCGGCUUUUCCCAGCCGUCAGAGCGCUCGGUCUGUUUUGCCUGCUCCCAUGAAUAUCUCUGCUUAAGCAAAGCUGUGCCGCUGCCCUUCAUUCCAGAGAGCAUGAAUCAUCUCAAUUUUGUAUAUUUCUGUACCUAUCUAUAUAAAGCCAAUAAGGAUGGGGUGGUUCCAGUUUUGUUAGGCUUCAGGCCAACUCCAGAGUAUGUAGAGUUUAAUAUUCUAUGGAUCGUAUGCAAAGCAACAAAGUUUUGUUUAAUAAGAGAAGGCACGGGGUCAGCUCUUCCCAUAUCUCCCAUCCUCUGGUCUAAUUUCUCUUCGCGUUAAUUGUGCUAACUUUUUUUUUAGCAAGGAAAGCAUGAGUUGGCCUAUGAGGGGGAAAAAAAAGAGGCACUUUUCUUCAGCCUGCUGUUAGGGAAACACUUGGGAAGUGAUGGUGGAAUAUCCUUGUUGUGCCUGAUGCUACUGCACCACAGUGUCUUUUUUCCCUGCUAAAACAGGGAGGGAAGAGCUCCCACUUCUGCAGCUGGGAGGCAAGUUCUCCUGGGCUCACAAGUUGAGCAGAACAAAGGAGCUGGAAGCUGCUGCUUAGGGCCUCUGCAGCUUCCUAGCGGAGAUAGGGCUUUUUUUUGUGUGUGUGUGUUUUGUUUUGUUUUAAAGAGAGAAACGAAUUGUUUGGAGGCCAUAACAGUGUUUUGACUUUCUGAUGCUUCCAGAAGGUGGUGGUCUGUAAAGCCGCAUCUGUUCAGAGCUGGCUCGGUAGCUGUCUCCAGGGAGGAAGGCAGAAGUCAUCUGGCACACAACGCUCUGCGCAACUUAAAAUGACAAACUCAUUCUUAUGAAAUGAGUCCUGGCAUGGUUAAUAUCCACACAGAGCAGUCAUCAAUGUUGUUCGCUUCCAGCCCCUGCUAAUUGCUCAAUGAUUUCUUCAAGACUUGCUGAGGUAAGGAGUAAGAGGGCCAGGAGAAGGCCUGAAGUAGCAAAGACUCUUAGUAUCCUGUUAAACAGUUAGGAUCCUAGUGCUAAAUAAGACAUUAAACUUAGACUCUAGGACCUCAGUGACAGACACGGGAGACUGGGCAAGUUCUUGGUUAACAGAUGGUGGAAAACUGUUGAUUUCCUUUACUGUUACUCUAAAGCAGUGGCUUUUAACCUCUUGUCCGUAUGUAAACCUCAGAGGUUUCACCUCUGUAGAUGAUCUAGCAGAUAAGGGCUUUUCCUUAACCAAUCUUUUUCAGACAGAUAGGGAUGGCCGAUAUUUCUUAGACAAAGCAUUUUGUUUUCAAAUGCAUCUUUUUAAUUGCCUUUCUGUCUUAAGGGACAUGUUGCAAUAAAACUCCAGUCAAACUGCAUAGCUUCAACACCAAAGAUGCUUGUGUUUGUGUAAUGCUUUAUCCUCUGAAAUUAUUUCCUUUUGUUUAAAUCCAUGUGUUUAAUCCAUUGGAUAUCAAAUAGUAUGAAUUAGGACACUUUCGUCAAGCCUUCAGAUAUGACCUCAUGAGCAUAAAUGGCUUCCAAGAGGCACUUUGGAAGGUGACUUUAGGAAUACUCGUAAAAAGCAUUAUUUCUUCACAGUGCCUCGGUCGUUUCAAUAGCCCAUUCUCUCAUGCCAGUGAGUGAACUUUUUGAGCGUUAUUUUGCAACGCGUUCUGAGUGUUUCUUAAUUCUGUUUUCAGUAUAUGUGGUGUUAAUUGUGAACUGCUAACCAGGAUCAGACUUGCAUUGGCGUUUGAUAGCACUAGGAUUUCCUACAGACAACAGUGUUCUCAGAAGUGCCUAAACAAUUAAUAGGAAUAGUUCUCUUAAGAGACGCUGGUUACACUUACCAGAAACUUAAUGCAUAGUUUAGAAAUAGUUAAAUAUGCAACCUGCUGAUGUUAUGUAUGAAUCAGGUCUUUAAGUAAUGUCUGUUACAGGCACAUAUGAUCAUAAGUAGAAGGUAGCAGAGGGUUGUUUGCCAUAGUUUCAAAACCUGUCUCAGUAUUGAAGUACUUGAAGAUCGUACUAGCCAUUUGUGAGAUCUUUAUAAACUGCAUUAUGAAUGUAAUCUUGGAUAUUAUGAAUGAGGGCCCUUGGCUAUUUAAUGACUUUGUUGCUUUUAACUUUGUCUUUCUCUCCCAGUUACGGACAUUCCCAUUCUUGUUCAAAACAGAAAUGCAUACAAGUGUUGCUUCAUCCAAGCAAAAUGGUAGUGAAAA